AACUUCAUUUAAGCUCAAUAUGCACACACAUUAGGUAGAACGUGCGAGGUUUAACUAUUAACGAAACAAAAGAACCAUUUCGUAAGGCUGGAAAGAGCUGUAGAACGCAAAAGCGAUGGCUACGGUGCUAUGUUACGAAGGGAGGCUGAGUCUUUACUGCUUUCUCGGUGGAAUGGCCAGUUUGCUGGUUUUCUACGGUGCGGCAGCAUUCUUGCACGAAGAAAGCAUUUGGACCAAAGUUGCCCUUUCGGUGGGUUAUUACAUUUCGCUAAACAUUAUCAUUAGGAUAAGGUACAAUCCGCGUGACUAUCAGAUUGCCGUCAGAGCUGCUUUCCUCGGGACGGUUUUAUCGGCUGGCGUUGUUGUUUUCCUCUACACCCAGGAUCAGUACAAAUCGUUUGGGAUUUAUGCUACCCUUAUGGCACUAUUUCACUACACAGAAUAUCUGGGCAUAGCCAUAUGUAAUCCCAAAACGCUGUCUCCAGACUCGUUUAUUUUGAACCAUUCGGUUCACUACGCACUGGCAGCCGCGGCAAGUUGGGUUGAAUAUUUCGUUGAGACCCACUAUUUCCCUGAAAUAAAAACAUACAAACUGGUGUGGGUCGCAGGAGUAUUGCUAUGUCUGGCGGGAGAAUCACUCCGGAAGGUGGCAAUGAUAACGGCCAGCAAAAACUUUAGCCACAUCGUUCAAUUCGAACGGCACAAUGAACAUGAACUGGUGACACAUGGCGUUUACGGAUGGAUGAGACAUCCGUCCUACGUGGGAUGGUUUUACUGGUCGAUAGGAACGCAGAUAACGCUAGCAAACCCAGUGUGCUUCGUAAUUUACGCGAUCGCUAGCUGGAAGUUCUUCCACGAUCGGAUACUGAUGGAGGAAAUUACUCUGCUUAACUUUUUCGGCGAAGAGUACAUCGAGUAUCAGGAGCGAGUUUCCUCCGGUUUGCCAUUCAUUCGAGGGUUUCGCGUGGAACCAUGAUAUUUCGAGCACGAUCCCGCUCGCGAGGAUCAAACCAGUUUCCACACGGACAUACGCAAUGAGACUGACGAGCGCGAAGGAUCCGGAACGGUCCGGCGAUGCGCCGAGGACAAUAACGAAAGAAUGGUGAUGGAAAUUGCAAAACUUGAUGUGGAGCGUAGACGUAGUAUCGGUGGCGGUAGCUCGGACCAUAGUCGCAACCGGAGGUACUCGGGAACGUAUGAUAAUUGUGAUGAUCAGGACGCAUCAUCGUUGGUGUAGAACCGGCACGGUUCAUUCUCCUUUCCGUGGAGUUUAUAUUGCUGCAUCUUUUUUUCUUUUUGAUACAGAAAACCGUACAUAUUUUAGCUACUUAGUUAGAGUACAGAUAUUCACUAGACGAAAGCACAUACGACAGUCGAAGGAACGACAAAAAGUCUCCCUUAGAAAAACAAAAAUCCUCAGGCAGUCAGUGAACUCUACAGCACACUAAUCAACACAGAAGAUAGUACUAACGAAACGGUGUAUAUUUAUAUUUUCUACUGUAAAACAUAGCUUAAGUGUGGUUGCACUAAUUUAUGUGUAUACCAAUGCGUCUGUUUUCCGUUUUCCUACCAAAAGCUAACCAUUCACAAAACUUGGUGCCACAAAACUUGGUUGGAGCAAAGUGGAAAUGAAUACAAAACUGUUCGUAAC